GGGUUACGUGGGAGGUGGGAGAGCCGCCGGUGCAGCCCAAACGGAACAAGUCUUGGCCUGCGCGGGGGCGACUCGACACCUGCCAGACGACAGAGAGGCCCCGUGAGACUGAGCCAGAUGGCAGAAGGCUCCAGCCAUCUUGGAGACCCCCAGGCGGGAACAGGUCUGACCCUCAAAGAGGCCCUCAGGGCACUCCUGCCGCGCACCAAAGAAGGCCUGAGGUUGGACCUGGGCCAGCAGGUAGAGAGGACUGUGGUGGUGUUGCUACAGCAGGCCGCCGAAUUCCUCUACGAGGGCCAGACCAGCGAGUGUCUGCAUACCAGCGAAGUGCUCCUGGACUACACCUGGGAGAAGCUCAACACGGGGCCCUGGCAGGACGUGGACAAAGGCUGGCGCCAGGUGUACUCCUUGGGCUGCCUUCUGAAAGCCAUGUGUCUGUGCGAGGUACCCGGAGACGCUGCCACCGUGACAGCCGCCCUGAGGGUCUGCGACAUGGGCCUGCUGAUGGGGGCAGCCGUCCUCGGGGACAUCCUCUUGAAAGUCGCCACCAUCCUGCAGGCUCACCUGCUCUCUGGAGAGAGGCCAAUCCAGGGCCCAGUACUGGGCCCGCCCAGCACCAAGAGGUCCAAGAGCAGUCACAGCGUGGUUCCAGCUGUGACGUCAGAAAGCGCCGUCCCCCGGCUUCACUGCCCAUCCCUCGAGUAUUUCAAGAAGCACUUCCUGGUUCCAGGGAGGCCUGUGAUCCUGGAAGGCGUGGCCAGCCACUGGCCGUGCAUGAAGAAGUGGAGUUUGGAAUAUAUCCAAGAAAUUGCUGGCUGCCGAACUGUCCCAGUGGAAGUCGGUUCCAGGUACACGGAUGAGGAGUGGUCCCAGAGGCUGAUGACCAUCAACGAGUUCAUCAGCAGCUACAUUGUGAAUGAGCCAGAGGAUGUCGGAUACCUCGCUCAGCACCAGCUCUUUGACCAGGUCCCCGAGCUGAAGCAGGACAUCAGCAUCCCUGACUACUGCUGCCUGGGCGAUGGGGACGAGGACGAGAUCACCAUCAAUGCCUGGUUUGGUCCCCAGGGAACCGUCUCCCCACUUCACCAGGAUCCCCAGCAGAACUUCCUAGCUCAGGUGAUUGGGAGGAAGUACAUCCAGCUGUACUCCCCGCAGGAGUCUGACGCUUUAUACCCUCAUGACUCUCACCUCCUUCAUAACACGAGCCAGGUUGAUGUGGAGAACCCUGACUUGGAGAAGUUCCCCAGGUUUGCUGAGGCCCCAUUCUUGUCCUGUGUCCUGUCCCCCGGGGAGAUCCUGUUCAUCCCCGUGAAGUACUGGCACUAUGUGCGAGCCCUGGACUUGAGCUUCUCAGUCAGCUUCUGGUGGUCAUAGCCCAUGGCCAAGGGAACCCCACUCUGUGCCCCACCAGGGGCCAGGCCUGGGCCUAGACACAAGCAGAGCCUGAAGAAGCCUCCACUGCCUCAGGAUGAGAGGGAGGUCCUGCCUAGCACCCUCUGAGGCCUGACCACCAGGCUCCUGCAGAGGCUGUGGACAUGCGACUUCACAUACAGCUGUGAGAUCGGGGUGGGGGGUGGGGGGCAGUGCAGUCCCCGGUACACACCCCGUGAGGACCAGGUGUGCAUGUGCAAUGUCAGCUCCUGUGGCUCCAAGCCCAGUCACUAGAGGCUGCUGCUGUCCCAAGUCUUCGGAAUUCCUACUGCAGGUUUGGGGAAGAGGUGAGGCGGGGUAGGGUGAGGGGUCCUUCCCUGCAUGCUCAGGAGCUGGACCUCUGCUGGGGAGCUGUCCGCUGUUGGGGCUACCCCAGUGCACGCUGCCUAUAGAAGAGCCUCUGCUGCAUCUCCAGCUGGGUUCACACCUGGGUAACCUGCUCCCGAACCAUCGCCAGCGCCCAGAAUCUCCUCUCCCCUUUCCCGCCUCCUUCCCCACACAACGACUCAAUAAAGGCAGAGCACGCUGAUAAACAGGCCCCAAA